CAGAAGCCUGAAAUCUGUAACCCGCUCCUCUUCCUUGAAAAGCACAGUUGCCACCCACGAAACCUCCAACGUGGCUUUGUAUGAGGGAGACUGGGUGUGGCUGAAAAAAUUUGAAACGGGAGUGAUUCACAAUCUGCGGCAAAGCUCCACCAGCAUCUUAAGGAAGAUGAAAGAUCUGCGUCAUGAAAAUGUGAAUCUGUUCCUGGGCUUUUUCUCUGACUGUGGCAUCUUUGCCAUAGUGACAGAGUACUGCUCCCGAGGAAGCCUGGAGGACUUGUUGAGAAAUGAAGAUAUGAAACUGGACUGGAUGUUCAAGUCCUCUCUUGUGAUGGAUCUAAUUAAAGGAAUUAGAUAUUUGCAUCACCGAGAUUUUGCCCAUGGACGUCUCAAGUCUCGUAACUGUGUUGUGGAUGGCCGGUUUGUGCUGAAGAUCACUGACUAUGGUUAUAACGAGCUCUUAGAAGCACAGAAAUGCCCCUAUAUUCAGCCAUCCCCAGAAGAAUUGCUCUGGACAGCUCCUGAGUUACUGAGGGACCCAGACAUGCGCAGAAAAGGCACAUUCAAAGGCGACAUUUACAGUUUUGCAAUCAUCCUACAAGAAGUGGUUGCUCGGGGUCCACCAUACUGCACAUCAGAACUCUCAGCUGAAGAAAUUAUAAAGAAAGUGAAGAAGCCCCCUCCUCUGUGUCGCCCAAACAUAGCCCCUGAGGUGGCCCCCCUGACAUGCCUCCAGGUAAUGAAGCAAUGCUGGGCUGAAGCCCCUGAACGACGUCCAACCUUUGAGGAGAUAUUUCAUAAGUUCAAAACAAUCAACAAAGGGAAAAAGACCAAUAUCAUUGACUCAAUGCUCAGGAUGCUUGAGCAAUACUCAAGCAACCUGGAAGAUUUAAUCAGGGAGCGGACCGAAGAGCUAGAAAUUGAAAAACAGAAGACAGAAAAACUACUGUCACAAAUGCUUCCCCCAUCAGUGGCAGAAGCCCUCAAGACUGGUGGCACUGUGGAACCGGAGUAUUUUGACCAGGUGACUAUCUACUUCAGUGACAUCGUGGGCUUCACAUCCAUUUCAGCCCUCAGUGAGCCCAUUGAAGUAGUUGACCUUCUGAAUGACCUUUACACACUGUUUGAUGCUGUUCUUGGAAAUCAUGAUGUUUACAAGGUGGAGACAAUUGGUGAUGCCUACAUGGUUGCUUCAGGACUACCAAAACGGAACGGGAACAAGCACGCGGCUGAGAUAGCCAACAUGUCCUUGGACAUCCUCAGUUCAGUAGGAACAUUCAAAAUGAGGCAUAUGCCAGACAUUCCCCUCAGGAUACGAAUUGGGCUGCACACAGGGCCUUGUGUGGCAGGCGUGGUGGGGCUGACCAUGCCACGGUACUGCCUCUUUGGAGACACGGUGAACACGGCGUCACGGAUGGAGUCCACGGGCCUGCCUUACAGAAUUCAUGUCAGCCAAAGUACAGUGGAUACACUUCGGAGUCUGAAUGAAGGCUAUGAAAUCAUACCUAGAGGGAAAACAGAACUGAGGGGUAAAGGAGUAGAAGACACAUAUUGGCUGGUUGGGAAAAAAGGCUUUCUGAAGCCCUUACCAAAACCUCCUGAAAUAAAGCCAGGAACCAUGAAACUGUACAUCAUCUUCUUACUGGCAGUGGUGAACACAAGAACCGCAGAAGGGACAUCCUGUGAAAUGGCAAACUCACAGGCAUUUUGCCACAACAAAGACCUCCACCAAAUCCCUCAUGAGCUCCAUCUAAAUGUAAACAAAAUAGAUCUGUCUGGAAAUCUGAUUCAAAGCAUCCCUGAAAUGCCAUUAUCACUUUACACUUCCCUCCAGUGUCUGGAUUUAAGCUCUAACCAGAUAAGCUUCAUCACGCCUGGAGUGUUUGCACACAUGACAAGCUUGCUGGAAAUAAAUUUAGCCAAGAAUCACUUAUAUGAGCUUGCUCAGAAUGGAACAGAGGGGAUUGGACUUUUACCCAAGGUGGAAAUAAUGGACUUGUCGCAUAACAGUCUGUACAAUGGGAUGGCUGAGUAUUUCAUUAAACAAGCUCCAACACUGCAGUAUCUUUCCUUGGCAGACAACAGUAUUGUAAUGAUAUCACACAAGAUGUUUCAGGGAUCUCCCAGUCUUGUGGAGAUAGAUCUUCAGAGUAAUAUCAUCAUGGAAAUAGAAGAAGGUGCUUUUGAGACUCUAGUGAACCUUUCCAAACUCAAUCUCUCCACAAAUUCAAUUACUUGCAUCUCCGAUUUCAACCUCAGGCAGCUGGAGAUACUUGACCUUAGCAGGAAUAGCAUUGAGACCUUCCACAUCACAAAGUCAGAUGAUGAAUAUAGCUUAAGAUGUCUGGAUCUGAGUGAAAACAAAUUGCUUCACUUCCCAGUCUUCCCUCAGGUAAAUAAACUGGUAACUCUGAAUUUAUCAAAUAAUUUAAUCCAGCUCACUACUGAAUCCCCUCAUAAUAAAAAGGAUUACAUGGAAAAUGAGUGGCUAGAUGGUUCUUUUCAUCUUCUUGAUCAGAAGCAAAGUAGAAACAUAAGUUCUCCUUAUUUAUCCCAGCUUGUAUAUUUAGACUUAAGUUAUAAUGAAAUCAAAUCCAUUCCUGAUAAAUUCUUUGAAUCAAUGUUGUCCCUUCACACCCUUAAUCUCAGUAAAAACUGUCUCCAAGCAUUUUUGGUAACUUAUGACAAUGCAUUAAUGUCCCUAACUGUCCUUGACUUGAGCUACAAUGCUUUGCAGAACCUUCUCCUUGAUGCUGGUGUGUUGUCCAAUCUGAAGGAGCUUUAUAUUCAGAAUAACCGUCUUCAGACCCUGCAAUUUGACAUCUUCUCCAGUCUUCCUGGCCUCAGACUGCUUAAUCUACAAAGCAACAACAUCAGCCUUUGCAGCAUGUACUCCGGACUAGCUAAGCAAAGACUUGCUGGAGAGGAAAGUGGUUGUGUAUCAUUUGUUGAUUCUCCUACUCUUCAGUACUUGUACCUAGCUGACAACAUGCUGAACACCCUACCAGCACACAGCUUCUACAAGACUUCUCUGAUUGUCUUAGAUCUCACCAUGAACCCUGGACUGAAAAUAGAACUUAAAGCACUGUCAGGACUGGAAAAGUCUCUGGAAUAUUUGUAUUUACAUGGAAAUAGCUUGAUGGAUUUAAAUAUUGACUUGCCUUGUUUUAGUCACCUUAAACAUUUAAACCUCUCUGAAAAUCAGCUGAACUGGCUGCCUAAGUGGGGUAGUGACUCUCCACUGGAAGUUCUGGACCUACGGAACAAUAAGUUCAGUACAUUACAGAACAGCAACAUUUUAGCAUUAGAAAAUUCACUUAAAAACUUAUAUCUCACUGGGAACCCACUCGACUGCUGUGGAAACAUCUGGCUUUCAUCAAUGAUACAGAACAAAAAUGUCCAGAUCCCCAACGUGGAGCACUUAACGUGCCAGUACACUCAGAACUUCGGGUAUCAGGAAGAAAUGUACAUUUGGAACAUUAGAUCAGAAGACUGUGAAAAAGAGGAUCUGAAGAAAAUCAACAUCCUUGUUAUAUUAACAUUUGUGUUGGUUUUAUCUGUGAUUAUCAUCGGUGCAGGUUCAUUUUUUUGCUUCCGCAGGCAAAACUUCAGCCAUCAGUUUAAAGCAUAGAAUCACAAAAUGCCUUGAAAAUUGAAGAAAUCAGGUGCUACACUGGCAGUGUGUAUAAAUAAAGGGUGAAACUCUCAUCUUUGAUUUUUAACUGUGGAUUUUAAGAUGGUUUUGAAGUGCCCCUGUAGUGGUCUGGGUUCCAGGGACCAGAAGGAGAAUUUGCCAUGUU